UCCGCUGCUCGUCUCGCAGAACCAAUUAACGUCAAUUAGUGAGUGUUCUGCGAGUGCCUGAACAAGGACAAUGCGAUGCGCAGGCUCCGGGAACAUCCGCCGCCCCGAUCACUUUAAGGACGCAGAGGACCCAAGACCAGGGAGGAGCUCCUGUUCCUCCAGUGAACGCUCCACAUCUGUCUGAAGAGACACACGAGAUUGCUGAAGGUCCUCCUUCUUGUCCUUCUUGAAAACUGGGACAACAUUCGCCAGCUUCCAGUCAGCUGAGACUUCUCCAGAUUCCCAGAAUCAUUCAAAAACCACCAAGAAAGACUUAGUGAUGACAUCAGCAGCUCUUUAAAGAUUAUUGGAUGAAUCCCAUCAGCAUCUGUCAGAAGUUGAUAGGAAAUACCCAGUGUAACAUUAGCAGCCUGAAAGCUUAACCUUGGAUGCAAAAACCUGUUUUGUCUGCUAAGAUUCCUGCAUCACUCAUUUUGGUUUUGCCUGAAGAAAAAGAAAACAAGAGAAGAUGGACUGGAAUGUAAGGCCAGUCCAGAAUGCUGAUGCAAAUACAAACCUACAAAGUGAAGGAGCGUGUUUCAGUCAGUUACUUCCUAAUGGACAUACUUUUCCUCAGACAAAUGCCAACUCCUCUAAAAAUGCAUGCACUUAUGCUGAAAAUAACCAAAUUGUGUAUAUGCCAACUAUCAAUGUUGCCUUCCCUACUGUAAAUGCUGAAGGAUUCAAAACUUCAGAUCAAACCUCACCAGGAACAUCUGUAACUGGUAAUAAUUUUUUCACAUCGAAAUACUCAGUUAAACGACAUCAACAGAUGUACAUAACAGCACCAAAACCUCCCAGUCAGAAUUCACCUUUGCGGCCAGAGACGACUCUGACCUCUUGGCCAGUCUCUAAUCCCUGCAGUUAUCCCUGCAGAAAUUUACCCCCUCUGUCCUCUCAAAUGAACACAGGGAAUAGUGUAAGGAGCCUGCUUGGGGAGCCUCAGUAUGCCAAUCCCAGUGCUUACAACAUGCAGCCAGAAAUGCUGCAGCAUAAUUCUCUGAGACUUGCAACACUACAUCAAGGUGGCAUUCAUCCCCAGAGUAGUUCUUUUCCUCUCGGUACUCCUGGGCAACAUGUCCAGCCCCAAAUAUUUAAUUCCAGUAUUCAACAGGGUAAAGUUUCAUAUUCAAUGAAUCAAAAUACUGGAGCAAAUAUACAUCUGCCACAAUUUCAGCAGAGUCAGAUGACAUCAGAAGCUCCCAGAGGAUGUUCUGCACCAUCUUUGUUGCCUGCCAACUGUGUUUCAAGACAUGCAGCACAAUCUUCAAUGGGUGCACCACAGGAAGUGCAAAAUGUACCUAAUGGAUACAACAUUAACCAGCAGAGGUGCCCACUGGAUCCAAAAAAUGCUCCUGGGUUUAAUAGUAUUCAGCAGCUCUGUCAGAAGCAGCCAUCUGGAGAAGUCAGUCAAUCAGUCAGGAAUGUCUAUAAUCCAAGUGGAAGUGUGACAACAAAUCGGUCUUUUAAUGAAAGCUCUGUGUCAUCCCCUGGCAUUCCCAAAGAACUGCUUGAUGUUGUGAAAGAAAUAGAAGCUCUUUCUUCAAAGCCACUGAAUGAAACUGCUUCAGUUCCAGAGAGCCAGACUAGUAGUUUGAUGAAUGGACCUGUUAAUGCUCAGGUUUCUUCAGCAGCAACAACACAGGGAAUAGGAAUUACAAAGGAGAGGCUAGCUUGGGAAGCUGAAAAGCUGAACUGUCUUAAAAAAAGGGUUGUCCUGCUUGAAACGGUUCAUAAUUAUAAAAAAAAAAUCUAUCAUGCCAAAAGUACUCUUCUUCCUCCUACUAGCUAUCCAUGUUCUCCUGCUAAUUGUCUUCCAUGUGUGCCCAAGCAAAAUGUACCACUUUCCCCAUCUGAACCAGUGGGGACAGAGAGGCCCACACUUGCGAUUUCACAUGAUGAAAGAAAGGACAAAAACCUAGCCAGUGUUGAUAACAGAAGAUUGGAGGUGACUCAAAGUGACCCUCAGGUGGAGCAGGGAAGCCUUUCAUCAAGCUUCACUCCUAUUCCCUCUCAGAGCAAAGUCCCAGCUCAGUUUAAUAAUCCUGAGAGCACCUUGGAACAAAGGGAUGUGCAUGCCUUGGCCUCUUCUCAAGGAACUGUGACUUCCUCAAACAGUGCUUCAUGUUUUACUCAAGCAGGGAGCUCUGUCAAGACUGCAUCAAAGACUGUGCAAAUUGGCCCUGAGAACUCAUCAUUUCUUCAGUUUGUAUUGAGCAGCACAAAUGUGCUGAAAGAGAAGACAGCUGGUGCUACUGCUGAUAAAAUACUGACGAGUCUCCUGUGUAAUGAAAAACCACUGCUUGAUACAUCUGUCUCGGGUGAAAGCUUGCUAAAAGACACUAGUGAGAAGAACACAGAAAGUCUGAAAGGUGAGCAGGCAUCUGUGGCUCACACAAACUCUCCUGCAUCAGAAACAACUGCAUCUGGUGAUGCUAAAUUCCAGACCGAGGUAGCUCAGAAGAAAACGCCAUUUACUGAAAAUGCAUCCUGUAACCAGAGCAAUUGUAGUUACACUGUGGAAGAGGUGGCUGCAUGCCUGCGCUUGUGGGAGAAGUUUCCAUCAGAAUCUGUAAGUGUGCAAAAUAAACAGUCAAAUGAAAGCCCUACAGCAAAUCAGGUUCCGCCCUCCAACCAAAACACAAAGGCAGGGAAAAAAAAUGUUCUGUCCAGUGUGGAUGAGACCAUUUUACCUGUAACAUCUACCUCUGUGGGACAAAAACUUGAUACAUUGACUUCCAAUUUGAUAAAAAAUUUUGAACCUCAAGUUGCAGUUGUCUCUCCUUUAGUGCUUUGUGAACAAAGAACACUAAGUGAGCAGGCAGGCAAGAUCCCAACACCUGAAGGUAAAACCUAUCCAGUGAUCGAUUUGGAAAGCACAUGUAGCUUGCAAGAAGAGGGGAAAAAUGGUUUAAAUGUGGCAAAUACUGCCAAAGGAACAAUAGAAAAUGGUAGGUCAUCACCCAGUGAUUGUGUUCUGGAACAAAAAGUGGACUCAGAUUUACAACAGAUCAAAUUAGGUGAUGAAAACCAAAGGAAAGUUAGUCCAUCUGCACAAGAUGAAAGAAAAAAUCUGCAGCUUGGAUUACAAAAGAAGGCUAGUCUUCCUGAAUCAUGCACAAAUUUUUGUAGUCAGAUCUCUCAAGAAGGUAUAAGGGACCACAAAGACAAGCAAGCUGUCUUAGAGGCAGGAGAUUCAUCCACAACUGUGCUGGAAAAUGAGAUGUUUUGUAUUUCUAGUGUAUGCUCUCUUGUUGAAGGUGAUAAAUUUUAUAAUGCACAAAUAGCAGGCAUGUUCAAGUCAGUCUAUGAGACACAAACAUCAGAAGGAAAUGCAUCUGGUGCGAGGCAAAAGGACACGAGUCUCAAGGCAUCUUCCAAGCAUCCUGAAAAUUACUUAGAAAGUCUUGCUAAUAUAAAUCAGAAGUUAGCUCAAAAUUCACUAGAUUCCUCUAUCAGCAUGACUGUUAAAACUAAUGCACCUGCUGUUCCAGGAGACCACAGUAAACAAAAUUCCAUGCCUAAUAAAAAUAGCAUAGAAAAGGAGGUGAACUUUUUUGGAAGAGAACCUAGUAAAUAUCUAGAAGAUCAGCUGCUUGCUCUAGUGAAAGAAUUUCCAUAUGGCAUUGAAGGUGCUGAUAUGCUAACAAAAGGAGCAGCACAAAAUCGUUCUGUGGCUGAAGGGACAGAGAAUCAGUCUCAAAAAGAGGUUAAAAUUAGUGACAAGAAUGCUCGUUUAAAGGACCCAGUAAAUCAGACUAAAAUUACGGUGUUAAGCUCUGAUCAGGUUCAAGAGCUGUCUCCUGGACAAAACCAGUGUCCUUCUAGUGACAGCAAGAGAGAAGUGAGUCAGCAGUCAGAAAAGGCUUCAGCUGACAAGGACAACCUUGAAGGCUGUGUCCAGCCUAAUCAGAAACCAUGUGAGGAGGAAAAAGCCCCACAAAAAAGUCCUAAGUCCAGUGAAAAAAGUGAAGAUUGCUCUUUAACAGGUGGUUUGUCUGUAGAAUAUAAAACACCUCAUUGUCCCUCUCAGUUAGAAACAUCUGGUUCAGAGAAAAAUGAUUGUCAGCUUUCAAAAGCUGAAAAUACUGACUCUGCAGAGACAGAAGAAAACAGUCAAUCUGAUACCUUGAAAAAGAAAAACUCUGCAGUGGGAGACCUAACAAUUUCUGAAAAAAUCACAGACAGUAUUAGCAAAAUUAAAGAUACUUGCAAAUACACUUCUGCAAUGAACAAAAAUCCUAGGCCGAAGGUGGAUAAUGAAUACAAACUGCCUACAACACAGGAAAAAAUUGGACCAGUUAAUUCCUUUGAAAAACAGGAUGCUGAUAAAUACAAAAGCAGCAGCUGUAAGGAAAAUCUGCAAAUUGACAAAGGAACCCAAGUGUCAAGUAAAGAAUUUCAUUCUGACAAAAAGGAGCACCAGACAGCUUCCCAAGAGUUACCAGAGAAAACUGAUCAUACAUAUGCAGACAACAUGGCAAAGCUGUCCAUAAAGAAGGAGAGAGCUUUCAAAACUGAGUCCCUUUCACAGGAUAUAACCAGCCCAGGUUUGACCUUGAAAUCCAAAAUGGACACUCACCAAUCUGUCAAGUCAGAAAGUGUUGAAAUUAAGCACUCUGAAGUCAGUCAAGGACAAAAAUUUAAAACCUGUGAAGAGACUUCAGCUGAAGAGCAAAGCUGUAAGAAACAAAAGGAGCUGCUUAGGCAAGACGUAGGAAUUAGUGUCAAAGAGCAAGCGAAAUUACCAGCAGAAAUAAAACAUAAAAAAUUGAGUAGUUACCAAGCUGAUGCUGUAACAUUCUCAGAUAGUAGCACUGUAGACUUCAAAUCAAGACACACAAAGUAUUCUCAGCAUAAAUCUGUGAAAGUUCAUCCUUUGCAGGAGCAGGCAUACAAACGGAAGAUGAAGGAAAAUAUGGUUGGGAAGAGAGAAUUUAAAAAAGCAAAGCUAGAAGAGGAAAAACUGAAACAAUCUGAAGCAAAGAGUUCUAAGCAGCUUGCACACAAUUGCAUGCUAAAUGCUGACAAAGCUAAAAAAUUGAAUGGAGAAAAUGGUUGGAAACCAAGGAGUUCCUUAGCAGAUUGCGCUGUGCUUAAACUGCAGAGAAAAAGAGCUCGGUCUUCUACCAUGUCUAAAAACUACUUUUCUAGCAAAGAAAGACAUCUCGAUGGUCUAAACAAAGACAAGUGCACUGAGAAAAUGUUUCCUGAUAAAAAUCUUCUAUACCUAAACAGAAGAAAUAACAGACUAAAGCUGCAUCUUCAAAAGGAACCCAAAAAACACUACCUGAACAGAGUGGCAUUUAAACGUACAGCACAGGAGCGCAUUUAUCUGACAAAAUUAGAGACGUCACCUGUCAGACCUGUCUGGCAUAGAGCCACCAAAGUGUCACAGAGCAGUGAGUCAAAAAGAGAUGUGUCUGUCUCGACAGCUGAGAAAUCAUGCAAACAGGAACGCCUUGAGUUCAAGCUGUGUCCAGAGAUACUGUUCAGAAAUCCAGCCCCUGGUGAAGAAAGCUUAGCUGCAAAGAAUUCUCCAGAAAGAGAUAAAGUCGUUGUAGAAGGUAUGAUGCUGUCUUGAUGAUUCAUUUGUGACCCUUGGAGUAAGCAAAAGAAAGUGGAAGAGAUUUCUACAGCUGAGGACAGUAUUCCCCUUGAUACAGCUAUACAGAUCCUGGAUGGAGAUGGAAAGAAUCUUCACAUUCCUGUCAAAGACUCAAAAGAGAUGUUUCAGACCUACAGGAAAAUGUAUCUGGAAAAAAAGAUGCAAAAGUCUUGAUAGCACUCCUGUAUCAAAGGUCUUACUGUCUCUGAGAAAAAAAUGCCAACACUAAGAUGAUUUUUUUUUUUGUUUACUUCAUAUUGCUGAACAAAUGUAAAAACCCACGGUUUUCUGGUGGGUGUUGAGAAUUUCCUUCCCUAUUUUCCUCAUAUUUGUGAAUAAUUACCAUCUUAUCCUGUAUUUAUUGUCCAAAUAUGCUUUGGUGCUGUAAAUGCUGUUUUAAACGUAUUGUUUCUUUUGGCAUAUUUGAUCUUAUUUUUUUUAAGAUAGAGUAGCUCAUUGAAUCUUGACCAAAAAAUAACAAACUCAUUUAAACUGUCAUAGCCUGGUUUUUUUUCCUGAUUCUCAAAAUCUUCUACUUGUUAUACUUUCCAUUGCUGGCAGUGGAAAAAUAUUUCUGCUGCAAAGGGAUUGCAGUGGAUUCCCAAGCAUUACACUUCUGUUUCCCACUACGGUAGUCUGUUUUGCUUCUAAAAAGGCUUUCUGUUUUUUGUAGAAACUUUUUUUCCUAAACUGGGACUAGAAAUAUAAACCCCUCAAUUCAGGCAUACAGAUCAGGGGCAUUUAAGAAAUAUUUAUGCUGCUACCCAGUUUUGUUACAUUUCUUUUUGUGGCACUUGUAUGGACUGAGCUCUUGAGUUCUUAGUUUGAACACAGUGCUGCAAACUGUUAGUUUAGUGACAACUUCUCUUGCUUUUCUUUCUCUUUUUGCAGUUGAAGUGUGGGGAGUUCGAAUUCACUCUUGUCUGAGUUCAGCUAGACUGUAAUUUCUUUGUUUAUAAAGUGUUAGAUUAUGUUUGCUUACACAUUCACUGUGACGUAACGGUUGUAUUUGUCAUUGGCUAUCUUCUGUUAAGUGCCUUUUCACUGUUAUUCAAAAUCUAAAAUCAAAUCGUAUUUUUACAGAGAUUUGGUACUUAAUUCUUUCUAUCUUACUAAACCUUUAUGCUGAACAAAAAACCUGUAGAUACGUCACUGAACGAUUUUUAUACUUGAAAUAAACUUUUGAGGACUUCA